AUGGGUCUGCCGCUGUACCGGUUGAAGGACAUCAGACAGCUGUAUGAAGUGGAUACGUGGGGGGACAGUCCUAUUGAUUUCUCUAACCCCUCCAUACACCCCCGACCCCGGGGCCAUGUCAUAGCAGCCAGAAUCACCAGCGAAAACCCUGACGAAGGAUUUAAGCCUAGUUCUGGGACUGUCCAGGAGUUGAAUUUCCGCAGCAGUAAGAACGUGUGGGGGUACUUCAGUGUGUCUGCCACGGGGGGACUACAUGAGUACGCUGACUCUCAGUUUGGACACUGCUUCUCCUGGGGAGAGAACAGGGAGGACGCCAGAGAGAAUUUGGUGGUGGCGCUGAAGGAGCUCUCAAUCCGUGGAGACUUCAGAACCACGGUAGAAUACCUCAUCAAACUCUUCGAGACCGAGGAAUACCAGAACAACAAGAUAACGACGGGCUGGCUGGACAAGUUGAUAUCUGAGAACGUCCAGGCUGAGAAGCCAGACGUCAUGCUGGGCGUGAUAUCCGGAGCGCUCCAUAUUGGGGACCACCAGAUCCAGGAGUGCUUCCAGAUGUUCCAGACCUCACUGGAGCGCGGACAGAUCCUGCCGGCUACGUCGCUCAAAAACCACGUGGACGUGGAGUUCAUCAGUGAGGGGAUCAAGUAUAACGUCAAGGUGGUGAAGACAGGGCCAAACAACUACUUUAUUUGUAUGAAUGACUCCAUGCUGGAAGUGGAGGCACACAGACUAAGUGAUGGAGGUUUGUUAAUUUCGUUUGAUGGAGCCAGCUUCACUACUUACAUGAAGGACCAAGUAAGCAGCUACAGGAUAACGAUAGGAAACAAAACCUGUGUACUUCAUAAGGAGAAUGAUCCUACCAAACUCAGGUCCCCGUCUGCUGGUAAGCUGUUGAACUACAUGAUAGAUGAUGGAGGCCAUGUGUUUGCUGGGGAUGUGUACGCUGAAAUAGAAGUCAUGAAAAUGGUCAUGGAACUUAGGGUCACAGAAAAUGGAUGUGUUCAUUAUGUUAAGAGGCCGGGAGCGGUGUUGGAAGGGGGCAGUAUCGUGGCCCACCUUGACCUUGAUGACCCCAGUCGUGUCCAGCAGGCCCAGAGCUUCAAAGGGACACUCCCCCAACCCCAGGCCCCGCCCACCCACGGGGAGAAGCUUCACCAGAUCUUCCAGAGUACGCGGGCCGAGCUAGAGAACAUCCUGGCCGGGUACACACUGCCUGAUCCUUACUUCAAACCUAAACUACAGACCUCCAUAGAGAGACUGAUGAAGUGUCUGAGGGACCCAUCACUGCCUCUACUGGAACUGCAGAUUGCAAAUGUGAUAGACAGCCAUGCUGCCACUCUUACAAGAAGAACAGAGAGAGAAAACUUCUUCAUGACAACACAGGGCAUAGUUCAACUAGUUCAGAGGUACCGGAAUGGAAUCCGAGGUCACAUGAAGAGUGUGGUACAGGACUUACUAAAACAGUACGUCAGGGUAGAGGUCCAAUUUCAACAUGGUCACUAUGACAAGUGUAUAGCUCAGCUGAUAUCUAAGACCAAGGACAUGUCUGCAGUGGCUGGUAGCAUCUUCUCUCAUCUGGCUGUACAGAAGAAAAACAUCCUCAUCACCAUGCUCAUCGACCACCUUUGCAAGAAAGAAGCGGGUCUGACAGAUGAGUUGGCUUCCAUACUGACUGAGCUCACCACACUGAAUAAUGCAGAGAACGCUAAAGUAGCUCUCAGGGCCAGACAGGUGUUGAUAGCAGCUCACACUCCCCCUUAUGAACUCAGACAUAACCAGAUGGAAUCCAUCUUUCUGUCGGCCAUUGAUAUGUAUGGACCAGAGUUCAAUCCUGAAAAUCUACAGAAAAUCAUCCAUUCAGAGACAGCCAUUUAUGACAUCCUACAGGAAUUCUUCUGGCACACUAACAACCUGGUCAGAUCUGCUGCCUUAGAGGUGUACAUAAGGAGAGCGUACAUUACGUAUGAGGUGAACUGUCUCCAACACAGAGAACUUAACGGGGACAUGUCAAUGGUGGAAUUCAGGUUCCUCCUUCCCCGGUCACACCCCAACAGACUGAUGGUGAUGCGCUAUGACAGCAGUGACAAGGUGUCGGGUCUGUCAGACCCUGAGGCCCACAUUGAUCAGCUGGAGGAACCGCCCACCUGUCAGAGAAUGGGCAUCAUGGCCUCAUUUAACUCCAUGGCAGAAUUCGAAAUCCACUUUGAGCAGGUGUUGGAGUGCUUUACAGUGGAGUCAGACAGCCCACCUAGCAGUCCCACUAUACUGGCCAAGAGUCCCGCCGGCAAUGAGGACUCCAUCUCUCUUCAUAGUUCCUCAGAUCCAGAUGAACCUAUCCAUAUCAUCAACGUAGGAAUUAAAUUCAGCAAGAAGGAGAAGUACGACGACAAUGCCCUGGCUGUCAAGUUCCAGGAUUUUUGUAAAGAGAGGGAGCAAUAUUUGUGUGAGAAGGCCAUCAGAAGAAUCACAUUCCUAGUCUACUGUAGGAGAAGUUCCCCAAAAUAUUUCACAUAUCGUGCCAAAUUUGAUUUUGGUGAGGACAGGAUUUACCGACAUUUAGAGCCCGCUCUGGCCUUCCAGAUGGAGAUCAACAGACUGAGGAACUUUGACCUGGAGGCCAUUCAGACCAACAACUACAAGAUGCAUCUAUACCUGGGAAAAGCUAAGGUGGCAGCGGGACAGGAAGUGACGGAUUACAGAUUCUUUGUGAGGGUCAUCAUCAGGCACUCUGACCUCGUCACCAAGGAGGCCUCUUUUGAGUACUUACAAAAUGAAGCAGAGAGAACCCUCCUUGAGGCGUUGGAUUCAUUAGAAGUGGCAUUCUCCCAUCCACUGUCUAAGAAGACUGACUGUAAUCACAUAUUCCUGAACUUUGCACCAACUCUGACCAUUCCAGAACCAGGCAAGCUGGAGGAGACAGUCAGAGCUAUGGUGAUGAGAUACGGCAGUCGUCUCAUGAAGAUGAGAGUUCUCAAUGCUGAGCUCAAAUUCACAAUCAAGUUUGCAUCUAGUGAUACAAGCAUUCCUAUUCGUCUGUUUUUGACCAAUGAGAGUGGAUAUUACUUGGACAUGAGCAUGUAUAGGGAGGUCACAGAUCCUAACAUGGGACAAGUGAUGUUUGAAGCCUAUGGAACAAAACAAGGGGCCCUUCACGGUCUACUGAUCAGCACCCCCUACCCCACAAAGGACCAUCUACAGCUAAAGAGAUUCCAGGCCCAGUCAAGCGGAACAACUUAUGUCUAUGAUUUUCCAGGAAUGUUCACUCAGGCCUUACAGAAGUUUUGGAAGGAUCACAGAGAGGAGAACAAGAUUCCAGCUGAUGCCUUCAGUUGUAUAGAGCUGGUCCUGGAUAAAGACAACAACCUGUGUAAACAGAACAGACUGCCAGGAGAAAAUGAGAUUGGAAUGGUGGCCUGGCAGAUGACCUUGAAGACACCAGAAUGCCCUGAAGGUCGUGACAUCAUUGUUAUAUCUAAUGACAUCACAUACAAGAUUGGUUCAUUUGGACCUGUGGAGGAUCUCCUGUUUAAGAAAGCCUCAGAGAAAGCCAGGAGAGAGGGCCUUCCCCGAAUCUUCAUCUCGGCUAACAGUGGAGCCAGGAUAGGGCUAGCUGAGGAGAUCAAACAUCUGUUUAAGGUGGCCUGGAAUGACCCCAAAGAUAUAGAAAAGGGAUUUAAAUACCUUUACCUGACCCCUGUAGAUUUUAAGAAAGUUAGUGCCAUGAAUUCCGUCCAUGCUGAACUAAUAGAAGAUGAGGGAGAACCCAGAUAUAAAAUUAUUGACGUCAUAGGGAGAGAGGAAGGACUGGGGGUAGAGAAUUUAAGAGGGUCAGGAAUGAUUGCCGGGGAGUCAUCUAUAGCUUACAACGAUAUCAUUACAAUCAAUUUGGUUACCUGUCGAGCUAUAGGUAUAGGUGCCUAUCUUGUCAGACUUGGACAGAGAACUAUACAGGUGGAGAACUCCCACAUCAUCCUCACUGGUGCAGGUGCACUUAACAAGGUGCUUGGUAAGGAGGUGUACACCAGUAACAAUCAGCUGGGAGGAAUCCAGAUCAUGUACACAAACGGAGUCACACACGACGUAACAGCUGAUGACUUCGAGGGUGUCUACAAAAUCAUCAAGUGGCUGUCAUAUAUGCCUAAGUGUAAAGGCUCCCCAUUACCAGUACUAGAUACAGGGGAUCCUAUAGACAGACCGGUGGACUUCAUCCCCACAAAGGCUCCCUACGAUCCCAGGUGGAUGCUGAAUGGCAGACAAAAUCCAGAUGAUAAGAAUUCCUGGCAGAAAGGUUUCUUUGAUCACAAGUCUUUCCAUGAAAUCCUACAGCCUUGGGCACAAACAGUGGUCACAGGUCGAGCAAGGUUGGGCGGGAUCCCUGUGGGGGUGAUUUGUGUAGAGACCAGGACAGUAGAAAUGACUAUACCAGCUGACCCAGCCAAUCUGGACUCUGAGACCAAGGUGAUACAACAAGCUGGUCAGGUAUGGUUCCCUGACUCGGCCUAUAAGACAGCUCAGGCCAUUAAGGACUUCAACAGAGAGGACCUCCCUCUCAUGGUGUUUGCUAACUGGAGAGGAUUCUCAGGUGGAAUGAAAGAUAUGCACGACCAGGUUCUGAAGUUUGGCUCCUACAUUGUGGAUGCCCUCACAGAAUAUAAUCAACCCAUUAUGAUUUACAUACCCCCUUAUGCUGAGCUGAGGGGUGGAGCCUGGGUAGUGGUGGACCCAACAAUCAACCCCACCCACAUGGAAAUGUAUGCGGAUGAACUCAGCAGGGGAGGUGUCCUUGAGCCAGAGGGAACCGUAGAAAUCAAGUUUAGGAGGAAGGAUCUAGAGAAGACCAUACAAAGAUUGGACCAGACGUGUCGCCAGAUCGUGGAGAAACUGACCAGUCCCCAGCUGAAUCCGGACGAGAAGGAGGAGCUCCAGAAACAGCUGGCAGCUCGCCAGGAAAAGUUACUCCCCAUGUACCACCAGGUAGCGAUACAGUUCGCUGACCUCCAUGACACUCCAGGGAGAAUGGAGGAAAUGGGGGUUAUUACUGACAUUCUUAAAUGGCAGAAGAGCCGUGAGUUCUUCUACUGGCACUUGAAGAGGCGUCUAUUAGAAAGGCAGCUGAAGAAGAAGAUGAAGCAGUUCACACAGAACGUCGGGGAGGGGGAGCUCAACUCCAUGUUACAUCGCUGGUUUGUAGAGGACAGGGGCACUGUCAAUGCCUAUCUAUGGGAGGAUGACAAAGCUAUGGUGGAGUGGUUGACAGAACAAAUCCGUGAGGACAGUAUAGACAAUGCUGUAUCAGACAACAUCAGAUGUCUACAGAGGGAGCACGUCCUACAACAAGUCAGGAGUUUGAUACAAAACAAUCCAGAGGUUGCUAUGGAUUCUAUUGUCCACAUCACACAACACAUGACCUCAAGUCAAAGGUCAGAGGUCUCCAGAAUUCUGGCCAACAUGGACACGUGACCAGAAUGGACAAUUAGAAUCAACAGUGAUUGUAUUUAAAAACAUAUCUAUUUAACAAUCAUAUGAAAUCAUUAGGUGCAAUUUGGAUCAAAUUUGCAUAAAAUUGCAUUUUAUGAAAUCCAUAUCUGUCAUUCAUAAUGACUUAAUUAUUAGAAUUGUUUAUGAAUUCGUUUUGUAAUUCAAUUCAGUAUUAUAUGUGAACAUUACCAGGGUUUGUAAUUAUUUUUGUACUAAUUAGUACUAAUUUAUUAUUACUCUACCUAUGAUGAAUAUCAUAUAUAGUGCUCACUUUUAAACCAAGUUGUGUAUAUUCUGAAUAUUAAUUUAUUGACUGUAGAACAAAUUGUCCAUUUGUGUGCAUUGAAUUUCAGUAAAUG